AUGGGACAUGAAAACAUCACAGAAUUUAUCCUCCUGGGACUUUUCAGUGAUGAGGAUGCAAAGAUUGCCUGCUUUGUGCUGUUCUCGCUUUGCUAUAUUGCAAUUCUCUCCGGAAACCUGCUCGUUCUUCUCACCAUCAGGGGCAGCCGCCUCAGUGAACAGCCCAUGUACUUUUUCCUGAGCUACCUGUCUUUCAUGGAUGUCUGCUUCACCUCCACAGUGGCCCCCAAACUGAUCACAGAUCUGCUGGCCCAGCGGAAGACUAUCUCUUACAACAGCUGCAUGGCCCAGAUGUUUUAUGCCCACUUCUUUGGUGCCACUGAGAUCUUCAUCUUGGUGGCCAUGGCCUAUGACCGUUAUGCAGCCAUCUGCAGACCCCUUCACUACAUGGUCAUCAUGAGCAGACCGGUGUGCUAUAUCAUUGUGAUGGCCUCAAUUAUCGGAGCAUUCAUCCAUUCAAUCCUCCACGUAUUGAUUAUGGUCGAACUUCCCUUCUGUGGCCCCAAUCGGAUAGACCACUAUUUCUGUGAUGUUUUCCCCUUGCUGAAGCUGGCUUGCAUGGACACUAGCCUGUUGGUUAUUGUGAUCAUUACCACCACAGGAGUGAUGUCCAUUUUGACCUUUGUUGCCUUGGUAAUUUCUUACCUCAUCAUCCUGUCCACCCUGAGGACCCGCUCAUCCCAGGGCCGCCGCAAAGCCCUCUCCACCUGCGGCUCUCACGUCACUGUCGUGUUUCUGUUCUUCCUGCCCCUCAUCUUCACGUAUGUCCCCGUGGCCGAUUCUGUCAGUAACGACAAAGUUUUUGCCCUGUUUUACACCAUGAUUGCUCCCAUGUUCAACCCUCUCAUCUACACGCUGAGAAACACAGACAUGAAGAACGCCAUGAGGAAAGUGUGGUGUUGGCGCAAACGUUCUGAAGGGAAAUGAAGUCUCUGGUGUUCAAACCCUUUCCUGGAUCUUUCUAUCUACAGAAUCCUCAUGUCAACAAAUACAACAGGUGCAGUG